AAGCUCCCAAACCCGUUUGAUAAAAUUGCAUUGCAUAAGAUGUUCAAAUGCUUCCAAGUUCCAAACCUGUUUGAUAAAGUUGCACUGAUUGUUUUCUUUUCUUACGACACUAAAGAUUUCAUCCGUGCCUCAGCAGCCUCGAAAAUUUAAAAGGAAGAAAGAAACUUUGUAGUCUUCAAAAGUUGGAUAAAUGAAAGAAUGGAGAAACAGAAUUAAUUGGGAAGGGGGCUAUAUUAAGUGCUGGGAUAUUCAGUACCUAAUUAGUUUAACACUACAAGGAUUAAAAUUAAAUUCACAAUCAUGUGAGGUUGAUUAAAGUAAAAUAGUGGAAGCCGUUUACGAGAGCUAUAAAAAGAAGAAAGCUUUCGUUUUAAUUGAAUCCGGUACUUAAAAUUUUUUCGAAGUGAUCAGAAGAACGUCUUUUUCUUUAGAUCUUGAUUCCUCUCCUUCUUCUUCUAAACGAAUACGAAUCAAGAAAACAAAAAAUUUCAAAUUGGUGUCAUUCGUACUUGUAAUUCUUCUCAUCAAACCAGACCAGGCUUCAAUUCUUCUUCACUCUCCCUGCUUGUAAUUUCACUGAUUCUGUACAAUCCUGAUUCACAGUACAUAAUAAGCAGAUCUCUUUCUCCAUACAUAUUCAUGCGUUUCGGAGUUUUGAGGUGACACAGUUUGAAAAGAAAUGUCGUCGAAACCAGGUGAAGAAGCAAUAGUAUCAAGUUACAACGAGACUGAAGAUGAUGGCGGAGGAAGAAGCAGAGAUCAAGGUGAAAAUGAAGAUCAAUCAAUGUUUAACGUCAAGAGUUUUCUUUGGCAUGGUGGUUCUGUUUAUGAUGCUUGGUUUAGUUGCGCUUCAAAUCAAGUAGCCCAAGUGCUGUUAACACUACCAUAUUCGUUUUCGCAACUUGGAAUGUUAUCAGGGAUAAUCUUUCAACUUUUUUACGGUAUCGUUGGUAGUUGGACAGCUUACCUUAUUAGUGUUCUUUACAUCGAAUAUCGAAGUCGAAAAGAAAAAGAGAAUGUCAACUUUAAGAACCAUGUUAUUCAGUGGUUUGAAGUGCUUGAUGGGUUGUUAGGACCUUACUGGAAAGCAAUUGGAUUGGCUUUUAAUUGCACCUUUCUCCUCUUUGGUACUGUCAUUCAGCUUAUAGCCUGUGCAAGUAACAUUUACUACAUAAAUGAUAGACUGGACAAAAGAACAUGGACAUACAUAUUUGGAGCCUGCUGUGCAACAACUGUGUUCAUACCUUCAUUUCACAAUUACCGUAUUUGGUCGUUUCUUGGUCUUGGUAUGACCACUUAUACUGCUUGGUAUAUGACCAUUGCCGCUUUGGUUCACGGCCAGGUUGAAGAUGUUCAACAUACUGCUCCCACAAAACUGGUGUUGUAUUUCACCGGAGCCACAAAUAUUCUCUACACUUUCGGUGGUCAUGCUGUUACUGUUGAAAUCAUGCAUGCAAUGUGGAAGCCACAAAAGUUCAAGUACAUAUACUUGAUCGCCACAUUAUACGUAUUCACAUUAACCCUGCCCUCGGCCUCAGCGGUUUAUUGGGCGUUCGGUGAUCAACUUCUAAACCACUCCAAUGCUUUCUCUCUUCUUCCUAAGAACGCUUGGCGUGAUACUGCCGUCAUCUUAAUGCUUAUUCAUCAAUUCAUCACAUUUGGGUUCGCAUGUACACCAUUGUAUUUCGUAUGGGAGAAAGUAAUAGGAAUGCACGAUACGAAGAGUAUAUGCUUAAGGGCACUCGCUAGACUGCCUGUGGUAGUACCGAUAUGGUUCCUUGCAAUUAUUUUUCCAUUCUUCGGGCCCAUUAAUUCUGCUGUUGGUGCACUUCUUGUCAGCUUCACAGUCUACAUUAUACCGGCCCUUGCUCAUAUGCUCGUGUACAGAAAAGCAUCUGCCCGUCAGAACGCUGCUGAGAAACCGCCAUACUUCCUCCCGAGUUGGACCGCAAUGUACGUGAUCAACAUCUUCAUUGUUGUAUGGGUUUUGAUUGUUGGAUUUGGAUUCGGAGGAUGGGCUAGUAUGACUAAUUUCAUUCGACAAGUCGACACAUUUGGAUUGUUCGCGAAAUGUUAUCAAUGUAAACCUGCAGCACCAGCUGCGCCGUCGCCGAAAUCGCUUCGCCAUUGACGGAAAUGAUCAAGAAAUGACCAACUCGGGAGAUUGUCAACUACAAUCAACAAAAUCUCACUUUCUUCUUCUUGUAUUAUACGUGGGGUGUUAGCAAGGUUUCCCCCACAUGUUAGUGUGCUGUAUUUUAUGUUAAUUUUUUUGUAAUUUUUUUAUUAAGUAGAUACAUAGUGUGGUAAUGAUUCCUUAGCUAUUUAAAGUGUAGGAUAAUCAAGAUUAAGGUUUUCUCUUUUCCUUUUCCUCACUUAACAGAUACUACUACUUAGUAAGUUAAGUAAUAAUUAAUAUCAGUAAAUAAAUAAUUGGGAUUAUAAAUUUA